AUGGAUUAUCUGAUUAGUCGGAUGUUGCAUACACUGGGGCUGUCAUCUUCUGCGUUCGCUUUAUCAUUACUUUUGUUAUCAUCAUCGUCAUCAUCAUCGCCAUCAUCACCAUCACCACCACCAUUAUUCACGACUCACGACAAUAGCGGCAACAGCGCGAAAACAACAACAACAACAACAACAACGGGGACAUGUCGUGGAACAAGGCGGGGGAUGCGGAGCCGAGACGAGGUGAAAGGCGGAGUCGCCGACGUCGGGGCUGCUAUGGUUGCUGCCGCUGCCCGAUAUGUGGUCGUGGUGGCUGGUGCCCUCCAGAAGCAGAUGCGGUGCUGCUGCUUUAUGACAGCCGUGGUCGACAAUCAACUGCACAAAUUUGAAACGGAUCCAGAAAUCAGGCAACUCGUUGGUCCAGCUUCGAUAUCUUUUGCCGGAUUACCGCAUGCUCCUCCAGUGGAACGACGUGCUGCGCUUCUGCAACACUGUACCGAGCAUCGUCCACAUUUACCCAUUACAUUUACUCACUUCGGCUACAAUAGCGAUUUCUCCCUAUCCUCAUGUACGGUUGGCCAGGACGAGGUGACUUUUGAAAGCCGAUUUAUCUUGAACGGUGUCUGUGUAAUUCUUCGUGGUACCUUAAGUCGAGAAACAAUGAGUGGUACCAGUACACUGCAGUUCGACGAGGAAAAUGCUGCAGAGGAGGAACACCGAAGGCAACAAGCAAUGCAACGGUACGGUGCUCGGAUUCAGGCAAUCAGACGGAGGUUCAAUUUGCCGCAGACUUGA